AUGAGCUUUCAGAACACCACUCUUGUCAUCAAUCUUAAAGGUGGACAGUUUGGCGAAGCUUACCACGUCUUGCUCUUACGCAUCCUUCUUGGUUUCAAUUCCGAUUCAUCAGUCAAGCUCCAUGUGAACUUCGACUUUAACGCCGCCAACGCCGAGGGCACGGAAGAGGACAAGGAAAGGAACAAAAAGUCGCUCCAAGAGAUUAAGAGCCUCUUUAACUGGUACGACCGUCCACGGGAAAAUUCCACAAGAAAAGACAAGCCCGAGGUAAAAGCUGCAGGCGACGAUGCCAAAAGCCUUGGGACUCGCAUCAUUGCUGCUGCUUUCAGAGCUUCAAACGACAAGGGAUGUUACAAGAGACACAACUAUACGUUCGACACACAAGCCGGCACAUACAUCCCCGAUCAAGGGGGGAUAUCUUACCUGAUUAGGAGAAGCCUCGACUUGGUUGAAAGGGAGUACUCUGCGCGGAGUUUUGACAAUCAUGAAAUAGCACCCAGUAAUAUACGCUACUUUCAACCUUCGUACGCAGCAAAAUACUGGCUAAACCGGUAUUUCCGGCUUACAAAACAAUUCAAGGACAAGCACGAGUAUGAAGAAAAGAAGAGUAGAAAAAAGAAGAAAGAUGAUAGAGAUCCUAAAGACGAGAAAGCUGUUCACCUCAAGAAUACUCGGGACGACAAGAAUGCAGUUGAUCCGGACGACUCCGACUGGCCACAUGACUCCAUGGGCAUGCCCAAGCUUGCCACUAUUGAUAAUCUAGCUGUUGUACACGUCCGAAACAGUGUACCACGUAACAGUGAAGUCGGACGCUUGAUGGACCGAAAGAACUUGGACUUAUGUCCUACCGAAGAAAAGCUCCCUCCUCGUCGGUUUUCGCAUGUCAUGCUAUACGGCGACUUUGCCUAUCUUGAAGGUGAAGAGUACCAAAAGAAGGCCGCGGAAAUCCUGGAUGGGGUGCAUGUGUCAUUUAUAUGCCGACCGUGGGAAUCGUCCUCCAAGACCGCUCAAUCCAAGACACCCAACUCAUACGAACCCGAUGAGAAAAGUCUUGCACAACAGGUUGACGAUCUAUGGGCGAACUUUCGCAAUUUCAACAUUGAUAGGCUUCCAGUACAGGUGAAGAUCCUUGGCAUAUGGAAAGUGUUGAAAGACCGUUAUUCUUCACAAGUCUGUGUCAUCGGCCAUCGCUCAGGCUUUAUAGAGGCCGCCGCAAUUAUCGGCAUACCCGUCUUCUACUUGAACAACGAGCGCAUAGACAUCGACAAGGACAACAAGCUUCGGAAUGGAGAAUUUCUUUGGAAAGCCGCCGUAGGAGAGCCAAAAAGGCUUCGGGAAUUGUCAGACCAAAUGAACACGUUGAUCCCAGUAGAAGCUCUGAAGAAUAAGGCCGAGAAGGAUGCUGACACCGACAGGGAAGUGUUUCGAAAAGACGAAAAGUUCAAAACGGAGCUAAGGGCGGCUCUUUUCAUGUUUAUGAGCUGUCAAGUCCCCUGGGAAUAUUGGGGGAACAUGCACCCUAGACCAGCAUGGCUAGCCCGAGUCAAGCUGAUCCACGAUGAGGACGGCCCUGGCAAAGCAGGCCCAGGUCAGAGAUGGUUGCAGAAAAAAUGGGAGCUUGCUACUCAGCCCUUGGAGACCUUUGAUCCCAAGGCAUAUUCAUGGGAAACGGUGCCAGGUUCUAUAGAUUUGUGGUAG